GCAAACCUUGUGAUCGUCGCAACGUACCAUCACUCGCGGCCUUCCGUCGCUUGCCUUUGCGAUAGCCGGGUGUAUCCGGUAGCGGGCUUCCUUGCUUAAGGUGGCUAUGCAAGCUACUUAGCAUCAGUGUUCCUAAGACGCCUGCAGAAAAGAGGGCAGCCAUUUGUCGUAAUUGGUUGAUGCGCACGACGCGGUCGUCGUCUCAACGCGCGACCUUUCUGCAUAUUCGAGGGCAGCUUCAACUUCGUCCUUUUUAACUUCCUAACUGCGAAUAUGUCAAAAACCGCUUUUCAAAUACGACAAAAUGCGGAGGAGCUGAAGGCCUAUCUAAAAGACUUGGAGUCAUGGGAAAGCGACAUAAAACGAAAGGACCGGGCCGUCAACAAGGAAACUACAGGCAAUAACUUCAUUCCACCGAUCCGAAAUCAGAAUGCGAGGAUCAUCCCUGAGACAACGAUAACACUUGAACAUCAGGGGGCGGGAAUGGUAAGAGCAAGCUCGGACACAAGAACAGUUCUAGGAGAGGAUAGGAUAAAGUCGCAGGACUAUAAGGCUUGGGACGCGGAUAAGGCGCUAGAUGCCGUCGAUGCACAGCGCCCAGAAUUAUGUAGUUCCAAGUCUGCCAAAGUAUCUGCUGAUCAGAAGGACUUUGGAGAGCGGGCAAUUCUGGAAAAGGAGAAGGGCAACGCAUGGUUUAAGAAGGGGGACUACAAGCGCGCUAUUUUGUGUUAUAGCAAGAGCAUGCAGCUCGAUCCUACGAGCGCGGUGCUUCCCGUUAAUCGAGCACUGGCAUAUCUGAAACUGGAUAGAUUCGCAGAGGCUGAGGCCGAUUGUACUCAGGGAAUUGAAAUGGACCCAAAGAACGUCAAGGCAUUGUGGCGACGAGGAAUUGCGCGGGCGAAACUUGGGAAGGCCGAAGAAGCACGACAAGACUUGGAGGCCGCAGUCGUGCUCGAACCAACCAACAAGUCGAUUAAAGCAGACCUGAGCGAUGUUCUUACUAGUAUAAAGGAAAAGGCAACGAAAAAUGACAGAAAGAAUCCUACAAGACCAGUACGAAGGCGUUUAGCAAUCGAAGAAGUUGGUGAGGAAGCAGUUGGUAUCAACAGAUCUCUCAAGGCACAUCAAAUCACAAGCCUCCAGGGCAAUGGCACCACAAUGCCGAUUGCGGCUCAGGAGGUUUCAAAGCGGGAUGUGAAGGUUCCCGUCAACUCACUUUCACCACCCCCUGCGCAAAUUCAAAAAUCGCAGCUGGUUCGAAAUGCUGCUGCAGACAUUUCAAAGCCAGUAGUACUCCCCUCCGUCAGCGCAUCAGCUGCUCCUAAGAGUAUGUAUGAGUUUGAGCGUGAUUGGAAAAGCCUGAAGGGCGAUAGUGCCGCGAUAUAUGGUUACCUCAAGAUAAUCGAUCCCAAGAGCUACCAAAGAAUUUUCAAAAAUUCGCUAGAGAGCAGUUACAUAUCCAAGAUUAUCUUCGUCCUGCGUGAUCAUUACAAAAAAGACAAUAAGGCGAACGAGGCAUUAGACACCCUUAAGCACUUAGCCCUACUGCCACGUUUCGACAUGAAUGCAAUGUUUUUAUCGAAGGCUGACAAACAAGCACUGAGAGACAUUUUGGAUUGGUUGAAGGCAUGCGCUGACGACAACAAGAUCGAUCCAUCAGAUAUACACAGGUUACAGAAAGCAUACAAGGUGUAACGACAGAUGCAAGCCAGUGUGGAGUGUUAUCCUGAUAGGUUUACAUUGGAAUUGUCAUGCUAUUGAUAACCUUCCCGACAACGUCGACACCACUUAGCCCUUUUAAUCGUAGCCGGAUCUCAGGCGUUACAUAUGGUGACUGAUGCGCAAGCAAUAAUCGGUGGGCAAUGACUUUGUCAGCCAUCAGAGUUACAUGAUCCGGGCUUACGAUCAGAUGCCCGGAGAGCACCGCUAAAGUUCUGCAGCAUGGCGUACCUUAAGACUGGACAGUCCUUACACAAUGAUAUUUAAAAUGUAACUCA